UCCUGCAGGAAAAGGUGAAAUCAAGGAGAGGGUGAAAUCAAUGAGCAGGGUAAAAACCCAGCUGGGUCUGUGGUGGGGUCGGAACGUGGGGACUGCACAACCUCUGUGGGUUAGAACGUGCGGGGCACAUUUUUAUAUCAUUUAAAAACAACCCUGAGCUGGACCUCGGAAAGGCCACGAGCCUCUGUGGCUGGGCCAAUCACCUUCUGUAAAAGAAUUUUGGGGCUGCAGUAACAGAGGCAGGGUGGAAACUUUGAUCCAUUGCUCUUGCAACCACUGAGGAACAGAAACGAGGACGAUCCUCAGUAAUUUUGCAGUUCUGUGGGCACAAAAAUGAGUGGGGGGAACCAUGGCAGCUUUUAGAGGGGAAAAUAAUACGUUUCAGAUUUUAUAUUUCAGCUUUUGGAUUCUCUGGAAAUAGAGGUAGAAAGAGGAAAGCUAUCCUAGGAAGAGCCCAGAUUUCCUUGGAUUUGAAGGAUAAGGACUUGGAGCAACCUGCUCUAGCAGAAGGUGUCCAUGCCCAUGGCAGGGGGUGCCACUGGAUGAGCUUUAAGGUCUUUUAAACCCAAACCACCCCACAAUUCCAUGAUUCUCUACCAGCUCCGUUUCAAAGCCUGGAGCUGCCACAUUGCCUGGCACCUCCCCACCUGCCUUGGCACCAACACGAAGAAAAACGGUGCAAGUUGGGGGUGUUUUCCUCUUCCAGCUUUAUCUCUGGGGGUGUUUUCCUUUCCUCUUCCAGCUUUACCUCUUGGGGUGUUUUCCUUUCCUCUUCCAGCUUUAUCUCUGGGGGUGUUUUCCUUUCCUCUUCCAGCUUUAUAUCUGGGGGUAUUUUCCUUUUCUCUUCCAGCUUUAUCUCUGGGGGUUUUUCCUUUCCUCUUCCAGCUUCACCACUGUUUUUUUUUUCCUUUCCUCUUCCAGUUUCACCACUGGGUUUUUUUUUCUUUCCUCUUCCUGCUCUACAACUGGGGGUGUUUUCCUUUCCUCUUCGUGCUCUACAACUGGGGGUGUUUUCCUUUCCUCUUCCUGCUCUACAACUGGGGGUGUUCUCCUUUCCUCUUCCUGCUCUACAACUGGGGGUGUUUUCCUUUCCUCUUCCAGCUUUACCACUGUCUGCGGCGCAAAUGGUCCCGGCGGAACCGGGGCUACAGCCGGGACAUCUCCCUGAGCCACAGCGGCUUCUGCUCGGGCGCCUUCACCAACCACCACGGCCGCGCCUCCUUCUCCUGUGGCGGAGACACUUCUGUCACCUACAGCCGGAGACCCUCGGCCUGCCCGCCCCCGCCAGCGCCAGCCCCCUACAGCAUCUCAGGGAGGUUCUCGUGUGACGCCGACGGGUCCCUCGUGGUCAGCAGUGGGGACGGUGGGGUCACGUCUGGCUGGGACCCCAUAGUGGGGACGGUCCCGGUUUAUGGCUCCGGAGUGGGGAUGGGGUACGGCGGCGAGGAUGUGGGGUCGGUCAUGGGCAGCGCAGGGGGAGGCGGAGGAUCCGUCUAUCACGGAGGGGAUUCAGGAGCAGGGGCUGGGUAUGGAUACUCCGCACCCCUGAGUGACACCCUAAGCACGGGGGGGGUCUCUGAGGGCUCAGGGUACUACGGAGGAGGGUAUGGAUAUGGGACAUAUGGAACUGGGAUGCUCCCUGGGCCAGAGCUCAGCCCUGCGGGCGGGGGAUGCGCCCAGGUGGUGCAGCAGAAAUGCCCCGUGGUCGUCCCCACCAUCAAGAGCCAGCAGUGCAAGCAGAGCACCCACUGGCCCCCCAUCCAGAAGAAAUGAGUGGCCCAGCAGCCUCUCCCACGUCCCAAAAGUGACCCUGGAUGUGCCACAAUGGAAUUUUCCCACCCCCGACGGUGUCAUUACAUCGCAGAGCUCCACAUUCCUCUCGCUGACAACAGUCCCCCAGGAGCUGCUGGAAAAAGGGGUUUGUGCUGUGGUGAUGGGAAAAGGUUCUUUUCUCCAUCUCCUCUGGAUCACGGGUUGGAAAAUAAAACUUCACAGUCUGUGGGUAAUUCCAAUA